GUCAGUGAAACAGGCGCGGCCAGAAACCAGCAGCGUUUCGCAGAGGACAGUGUAUAUUUGCCGUUAUCUGAAGCAAGGAAAAGACAAUAGGAUAUUUAUUUAGUAACAGUUUCGACAUAAUGUCAUCGAGGACGUAACCACUGUUAGAGAAGCGUAGAAAUAUGAAGACGGUGUUAGUCUUCGGUUUAGUUCUAUUAGCGGCGGUAGUCACUGUAGCACAAGAUGCAUGUGACGACGAACCGUGCGGUGAUUUGGGGCCAUGUUACGAGAGGCCCACAGUGCCAGAGACAGAAGGCAGUGCAAUUCCACCUUACGUUUGCGAGUGCCCUGGAGACGAGUAUCUCAUGGGUGAAACAUGUCAAGGACAAGCAUAUGCUAAUAAUGCCAAGGAGACGUGUUUCGGGAUUGAGUGUAGUUCAGGAUAUUUUACAUCACCCAACUACCCAAAUAAUUAUUUUCAACGACAUAGAACUUUGUACCUGCUUUACAUCCCAGGGUGCACAUCAAUUAAAUUCUGGUUUAGCACCGAUAUAUUUGAAAUAGAAGUUCAAAAAGAUGAACUCUAUAUCGGUCCCGGUCUUACUCACAACCAACCGUUAAUGUUUGAGAAUAUGACCGACCCACUGCAAUACGUCUACGAAGGAUUUGAGGCGCCCAGUCCAAUCACCAUACCCGGGGACGCUGUGUAUAUCUUGUGGCUGACGGACAAAACGAUUGAGCAUCGUGGUUGGCGGCUGAACUGGGAAAUGACAGGAUUCGAUCCGUGUCUCAUGCUACCGUGUAGGAACGGUGGCACAUGUACGGUGAUGCCCAAUGGAGUUGACUAUGAGUGUGCAUGCAUGCCGUGUUGGGAAGGACCUACUUGUCAAAUAGCCUAUGACAUGUGCUCUGAUCAAAAUCCCUGCCUGAAUAACGCUGUGUGUCAGAUGCUGCCAGAGUGCCUGAACGUUGAGUGCAAUUGUGUGGGAUGUUAUAGUGGUGUAUUGUGUGAGACAUUUGAGGACCAAUGCGUGAACCCAAAUCCCUGCUUCAAUGCUGGCACGUGUACCCGCGUCGCAGAUUCUUGUAGUGAAUACACAUGUCAAUCCGUGGAUUUAUGUCAAGUAAAUGACCCGUGUGGGUUUAAUGGUGUUUGCAUCAUGGAAGACAAUUGCUUAUCUGUAUCCUGUCAGUGCAGUGACUGUUGGGUUGGACAAUAUUGUGACGUUCGUAUCAACCAGUGUGAUGGCGCUCCAUGUCAGAAUGGUGGUACCUGCAUUGCUAUGGGAGGUUGCCAGAUGUUUUCCUGUAUUUGUACCAGCUGUUAUACGGGGACAAACUGUGAAAUACAUCUUGAUCCAUGUUCGACUAAUCCGUGUAUAAAUGGCGGCACGUGCAUGGCCACCUCUUGUAAUACAUAUCAGUGUUCGUGUCUCGGUUGUUACACCGGCACCAACUGCCAGGAGUGUGAGUUUAAAGCCGUCAACAGACCAUCUAUUGUGACAAAAUCACUUCACGUGUCGUUGCGCAUGUUACAGCGAGAAUGGUAG